AUGGCAACUACGCGACGCAACGGCCAGCUAUCAUCGUGCGAGCCCUGUCGAAAGUCGAAGCUCCGAUGCGACCAUACGAUGCCGAUUUGUGGCCGCUGUAUCCGCCGAGAUCUGAGGGAGGAUUGCAUCUACCACCCGGCGCCGUUGACACAGCUGGGCUCCCAACGAGCGAAGAAAAGGAGACUGGCCAGAGACGAAGCUCAGAUUAAAGACCAUGCCAUACUACAAAACGAGCACAGAAACUGGAACCAAAAGAAAUUUUCGGUCUCUUCGCCCGGGUUUCUCGGGAACACCAGCUAUUCCAAUACGUUUACCGACACAGCAAACGGGCUGCUGAAUGAAAUGAACUCACCCAUCCAGGUAGAGGUGGUGCCAAUGGACUCCAAAAAGGUCCAUCUUGGCGCCCAGGUACUGACCUUGUUGAAAAAUCUCGCGUUCUACCGUGAGGUGGUGAACGCCCGAUUCAAACUAUGGGAAGGCUGGUGCCUAGGCCGGCCACUGACAGAAAUGAUUUUCCAGCUCAUGGAGGAGCUGUGGGGCUCGCCACCAAGUGACAGUGUCGAUCAAAGUAUUCAUGCGCUUCGGCUAUCGAAACAGCUGUUCCAGACUCAUGCGCGCCCCUUGGAAAUCUCUGCUGAUAUGUCGUGGACUCAAUUUAAAACGAUAAUUGCCGGGAGAUGGGAAACCGUCGGACUGCUAUUCUGUAUGACCGGAGCCUCAACGGAGUGGCUGUCAGAAGAAGACCCGAUUUUCAAACAGCCCGGAUCGUCGAACUUGAAAAGCUUAGCAAAUACGGCCUGUGCAGUGAGCGAUAUCUGUCUUCAGUUCUGCGACAGUGCUGGUAUCAUCAACGACGUUGUGAGCUGGCUUCUCAUACACCAUACAACGCUACUGGCCACUGUCUACGGAGAUAGCGAUUCCCGACCGUGGAGGAAGCUAGGUGAGCUCUCCACGACCGUCUUUGCACUGGGACUUCACCAGAACUCGAGCGAUAAUGUCCCUCUCUUCAUUGCUGAGCUGCGCAAGCGCAUUAUGGUGGGUUCAUUUACCAUCGACAAAAUUCUAGCAACCUUUCUGGGCCGGCCACCCUUGAUUAGCUGGCGGUAUUGUGACAUCCAAUUGCCACUCGAUUUGAGCUUCGAGGAGAUGAUUGAAGACCCGCCUUUACUGAACGCAAAGAUUGCUCGCCUCGAGCGCAACGGUGGCUGGAAUGAAGAAGGGACUAUAAGGAAGGGAGCCUGGGCUCGCGUCGCCCUGUUCCGGAGCAUUCUGCGCGAGAAGGUCCUCGAGUUAUCUUUGAGCUUCCGCGUCGAAGAUUUGCAGGCAAAAGUCAAUGACCUUUUAGAAGAGAAUGAUAACCUUCGUGAAAGUCUUCCUAGCUUUUUUCGAUGGAAGCCCGAGGGUGAUGGCGGGAACGCUGUAUCUGUUAUCGAAGAUCGUCUUCUUCUUGCUCUACACCUUGAUCUUCUUUACAAUGAGUUUCUCUUGUAUCGUACGGUCCAGAAAUGGACACGCGACCAACCAGGUGCCAUCAUCAAAACAUCCUGCGAAAUGCUCAGCGCUCUACUCUCAAUGGUGUCAAAAUUUACCCGAUUGGGCCACCCGAUAUUUGAUAUGGGUUUUAAUUUGUGCUAUUUUGGAUUACCUGCCGCAGGAAUUCUGUCCGCGGAACUUCUCAGGAGAUCCAAGUCGCUGAUCUCGGAUACGAACAUUAGCUUUCCUCGCUCGGAAAUUAUUCAGAACCUCAGUGUUUUCUCGUCGUAUCUAGAGACAUUCAUCCAACAGGAAGAGGGGAAUUACCGCGUCUCCCAGCAAGGACAACGUAUCAUUCGUCAUAUUCUGGAUCAGGUCCUAUCCAGAAACGAUUUCCCCUCCGUGAUGCCCGAGAUGUCAGAUCAGGAGCUUCUUGUCGAAGAUCUCUUACACGAUGUCGAUGAUCACGAUCGAGGUCUAUUUCUGGAUUGGAUGGAUGGCGCAGUCGAGCAUAAAUCUGAUAACUGGCUCAAGUGGGUAAACUUCAAUUGA